AUGUUUUCUGGCUCUUCUCGUCUUCCAAGGGAGGAGAUUGCGCAGAAUGCACGGUGGUUGGUGCACCAAACGACCUGGGGCUACUUGACCACGCUGGAUGCACACACCAAGGUGCCAGUGGGUGAUACUUUGUCCUUCUCAGAUGGAGCGUUGGACCAUUCCACCGGGCGGUUCUUCUUCUACGUUAUGGGCGACUACACCGCUGCGGCGCCGCAGGGCUUGCCCUGCGCCUUCACGCUGAGCCAGGCCUCGCUGAUGCACAACGCCACACUGGACCCUGAGGACCCGCGCUGUGCGAAGCUGACGGCCUCGGGCAUCCUUCGGAAGAGUGAAGGGGAGGACGUGCAAUUGGGAAAGGAGGCCUUGUUUGCCCGGCACCCUCAGAUGAAGCAUUGGCCAGCCAGCCAUCACUUCGCGGUGCAUGAGCUUCAGCUCUCGGAGGUUUGGAUGAUCGACAUGUACGGCGGCGGCGAGAACAUCUCCCUGGAUGUCUUCUGGGCUGCACAGCCGCGGCACACCACUCCUUGGGCUGCCAGCAGCAGGUCAUCCGUUUUGCAGCCUGGCAGCAAGCCACCUCCCUGGUCGCAGCUGGCAGACCGCGCGCGCUGGCUGGUGGCACACAGCGUGUGGGCAGCGCUGGGGACAAGUUCAGUGCGGCGGCCAGGAAUGGCUUGGGGGAACGUGCGUUCCGUGGCGGAUGGCGUCGGCACCAACAGCACAGGCCUCCCAAUGCUCUACGUUCCCACGCCGGACCCCUCCAGCGCCGAUCUCGCCGCUGACGCGCGCGCGGUGCUGACGAUGAGCGAAGCGGGUCUUCCUGCGCCGGGCAGCGGCAGCUGCGGAGAGACGGAGGAUCCGAUUUGCGCCCGCAUCACCCUCUCCGGUCGCCUGCGCGUGUUGAACGCCACCGAGCUGCUGGACGCCGAGGAACGGAUGAAAGUGAAGCAUCCCCUGGCGCCGUGGCUGGCGACCGGUGGCGCACACACCGGUGGACAGUACUUCACCAUCGAAUUGGAGAACAUCACCUUCCUGGACUUCUACGGUGGUCCUUCGAAUCUGACGGUGGCGCAGUAUUUGGCAGCCGCCGCUCCACAGGAGACUUGCAGCAGAAAUCGGCCGAUGCGUAGGUUUGGAACAGGUAUGGGUCAUAGCAUGUUGAAGCUCAUCCAAGAAAGGAUGAGCCACAUUGCCCGGAAACAGUGCAUUCCUUGUAUUGCUCUUUGUAUUGCCCUUUAUCGUCAGACGUAUCUCAGCAAAAUGCCUUUGUGA